AUGGACAUUAGUAAUAGUUGUAUAGAAGUCUGUCAUGUAUCUACUGCUUCCAAAUUGUCACCCCUUUUUACCAUCUCUAUACAACUAAAGCAAGCGGAACCAUUAGAAGUCCUGAUUGAUUCAGGCGCAACAUCCUCAUUCAUGCACCCCCGCACCGCGGAAUCACUCUGCCUCCCGCUCAUUGAUCUCCCCACACCACAAACCGUAACUAUGCUUGAUGGGUUGAGCCCCCAGGCUGGCAAAAUCUGGAAGAAGGCAACUCUAACCUUCUCCCUUGAUGGCAAACAAAUGACCAAGACCUUCCUCAUUUGCAAUACAGGGUCUCACGCUGCCAUCCUGGGAUUGAAAUGGCUAGACGCACAUAAUCCGGAGAUUGAUUGGAAUUCACGUACUCUCUCCUUUCCCCACACACCUCCAGAACACAUGGUCAUUGCCAAAGAAGAGGAAGCCAAUAAAAACCCCCUUGAAGGAGUCCCCCCUGAAUACCACCAAUACGCCAAGGUAUUUGGGGAAGAGGAAUUCAACAAGCUUCCUCCACACAGGCACUACAACAUUGGGAUUGAACUCACAGAAGAAAGCCCCUUAAACUCUCCUCUCUAUAGCAUGAUGGAUGCCAAAUCCGCUAUGCUCAAAGACUGGCUCAGGGAUGAGUUGAAGGCUGGCAAAAUCCACCCAAGCAAAUCUUCUAUCAGUUCACCCGUGAUGUUUGUACCCAAGAAGGAUGGUUCCCGCCAAUUGGUUGUUGAUUACCGCCGCCUCAAUAACCGGACAAAAAAGAACAUCUACCCAUUACCCUGCCCCAGUGACCUAAUGGCCCAGCUCUGUGGUGCCAAGGUUUUCACCAAACUAGACCUGAGGUGGGGUUACAACAACGUCCGUGUCAAAGAAGGUGAUGAAUGGAAAACAGCUUUCCGCACCAAGUACGGCCUUUACAAAUCCCUGGUCAUGACCUUUGGCUUAACCAAUGCUCCUGCAGCCUUCCAACACUUCAUGAACAAACUGUUCAAGGACCUGUUAGACGUUUGCGUCAUCAUCUAUCUAGAUGACAUCCUAAUUUACUCAAAGGAUGACGCAUCUCACACCCAACACGUCCACAAGGCCUUACAUUGUCUGAUGGAAAACCAAUUGUUCUGCAAGGUGUCCAAAUGUACAUUCCAUGUCACUUCUGUGGAAUACUUAGGGAUAAUUGUGUCAGAUAAGGGCUUCAGUCUGGACAAGCUAAAGAUCCAAGUGGUCCAAGAAUGGCCCAUGCCCACUAAAGUCAAAGAGGUGCAGUCUUUCCUUGGAUUUGCCAACUUUCUCCGUUGGUUUGUUGCCAACUUUAGCCACAUGGCAAGACCCCUCCACAACCUGGUCAAGAAGGACACGCCAUGGAAAUGGGACACUAGAGAACAAGAAGCAUUCCAGGGACUGAAAGAUGCCAUCACCAACGCUCUGGUCCUCUGUCACGCCAACCCAACUAAACCAUAUUUCCUGGAAACAGAUGCAUCCGGCGCAGCCUUGGGUUCCAUACUCAGCCAACAACAGGAAGAUGGUUGCCUACAUCCUCUUGCUCUGAAUGAAAACGGGAUGCUGAAACCUCAGAUGAAAUGGGUUUGGGGAUUUGGGCUACUUUUUGCAUCAGAAUGGGAAAACCCGCACAAAUCAGUAGAGAUGACUUGA